GGGGGCAGCCUGGCGGAGUUCUCUAAGCGUUUCGGGGGAAAGUUGGACGAAUCUAUGAUCCGGCGAUGCUGCGGAGGGAUUCUGCGUGGACUGCAGCACGCGCACUCCCAGGGCGUAGUGCAUCGGGACGUCAAAGGUCAGAACGUCUUGGUGGUGCUUGACGAGGAGGGUGGGGUAACUGCCAAGCUCUCGGACUUCGGUGCUUCAGCUUGCGUCUGGGGAAACCGUGGCGCUUCCACUGAUGGCCAAUCACAACGUUCAUCCAUCCAGAUCGGUACUGAAUCGCCGGAGGAGGUCAGCGCUUGUCCUAGACGUUCCGUAUCCCUCGCAGGCACUGUUCAGUGGAUGGCUCCCGAGGUAGCCGGCCAGAGCGGCACGCUGGAAGCGGCKUCCGACAUUUGGUCGUUGGGCUGCACGGUGAUCGAGAUGGCCACCGGCAGAGCGCCCUGGACGGACGUGGAGGACGCCAUGUCAGCGCUGUUCCGCAUCGCGUGCACCGACGAGGUUCCUGCUUUUUCCCCGCAUCUGUCAUCCGAGGCCAAAGACUUUCUCUCCAAGUGCUUGAUCUGGGAGCCGUCCCGCAGGUGGUCAGCUUCCAAGCUCCUUCAGCACCCUUUCGUAGCCGACGUUGGCCUCGAAGCAGUCGAUUGUGCGCGCCGCCAGAGAUUCUCUGCAAACCUGGUGUUGAAAAACUCCCAUUCCGCGGGUUUCCCGAAUGCCGCGGAUCUAAUCCCGGUGGGAUCGUCGGUCUCGCCACGCUUGGGUGGCGGAAAGGAAAGAGAGAUGGAAGAUGCCGUCGAAGAGGGUGGUGAGAUAUGGGAGAGGUUGACGCGCACCGCGUGUUUGUUGAAGGCUCCGGAACAAGAAGCCUCUCCGCGAUUUGUAUUUGAUCUUCCGACGUCCUCUGGUUCCGAGCUAUCGCUGGAUGCUGCAAAUCGCGUUGAGUUAGUAGCGGCUUCACUUCGUCAGGGCGAGCAAGCAAGCUCACCGCAUGGUCCCGUGGAUGGCGUGGGAUGGGUAUGCCGUGACGGCGGCGACAAUCAAACUGGAUUGACAGGGGGGACAGCUUCGCUGUUGACGGAGCGCCAGGAGGGCGAAGUGCCUGUCAAGGGAAAUCUAAGGCGCCUUUUUUAUGUGAUGGCGGCAGACGAGGCCCUGGCGGUUGGGAUCUCGCGACGUCACUCAGCUGUUCGUCGUCGUCCAUGGAGCAAGGGAAUGUUUCGAGACGUCUUCGAUAAUUCAGGCGCUGGCGGUGAAAAGACCGCUGCGUCGGACAAGGCGGAAGAUAGAGUGAGGCGGCCAAUGAACCAUGGGUUGUUGCCGCCGGGUCUUUACGGAGAGUGGAUUUCAAGUGCUAGGUGGCACGAGGAAACAGGGGCGUGGAUCAUAGCUAGUCCUGGCGAAGGUGACGCUAUCUGCCAUCGAGUGGCAGUGAACAUAGAUGGGUUUGGGGGUUCAUCAUCACAGUUAUGCCUUCAAACCCUCACGAAGAACAUGUCAGAAGGGGAAGCUCACGCAAGAUCUACGCCUGGUCACACCGAGAGGGGCGUCAGUAUGUUAACCUAUUUUCGGAUCCUCGCCACUGGUUAAGAAAGUUUAACCUCUGGUGCGUGCUGCAGGGAACAUUUUCUCUGCCGCCAGGAGAUGUGGGCUCUAGGAAAAGCGUAAAUCUGAGUGUGGAGUGAUUACCUGAGUUAGGUACGGCCACACAAGCAUCUUUAUAGUUCAUUGAAUAGCAUAGAUGAUAGAUCCUUAUCUGUUCGCUGGUAGAGUUGUAGGGACUUGAGCACAGCUGAAGUGCUGGCUGAUCUUCAGCAGUGUAGACGACGGUGGUGUUUCGCGUCGACUCAAUGAUGUUGGUGUCUAAAAAAUUGAAGACCAUGUCCCUCUGGAACAGAUAAAAAUAGCUUAUCAAA